CUUCUAGACCUUCCGCAACCAGGUACAUAUAUAUGUCAGACACAAUCUGUCUCACUCACGUCUGAGCUCUAGUUGCACUCCCGGAGAAGCUGCCAAUGGGUACGGCACUGUCGCGACUAUGCCCGUGCUGUUUCGGCUCGCCGGCGGCACCGGCUGCUACUACCACCGAGCGCAGCACCUCUACUACUUCGGACAAGACGCAACCCCAACGACCCACCAAGAGGCACUGGGUGGAUGAGAUGGGCAACAGCUGCUUCAUGCUGCUCCCUCGAGGCCUGUCCAUCGCCUGGGCGGAGGAGCCCAGUUACUGGGCCUGGCUGCCCCCUUCCCCGGGAGAAGGAAGCGCCGGCGCCGCUGCCGGAGAGGAGGUGGCGGAGCUGAAGAACGUGUGGUCGCUGGAGGUCCACGGGAAGCUGGACCUGUCGCAGCUCACGCCCGAGGUCACCUACGAGGUUGCCUUCGAGGUGAUGCUCAAGCAGGGGUGCGCUGGGUGGCAGGUGCCCGUGGACCUCCAGCUCGAGCUCCCCGGCGCUUGGGCCCAGGAGCGCAAGGAGAGCCUGGAGAAGAAGGCCAGGGGCCAGUGGCUGCCGCUCAAGGUAGGGAAUGUUGAGGUGGAGAAGGGGCAGCAGGGUGGGGAGCUUCUGGUCACCAUGUCUCAGGACGGUGGGCACUGGAAGAGUGGGCUCGUCGUCAGGGGCAUCAGGAUCGCCCCCAAAAAUUGAUGGAUUUCAUUUCAUUUGGUUGUGCUUGGUUAUCAACUACUAGUAGUACUAUCCCUUGACUAGAUUGAGUAAUCACUUGUGCUCUGAGCUGACCCGAUGACGUGGGCAUGCAUGCACGUUUCAGUCUUGUAGACUUCUCAUUAACUAUCUAUUGUUAGAGCCAGCAACUAUUAUAUGAAAAGGCUUUUAGGUUGGCUAUAAGUGAGAUGGCACAAAGAUA